AUGUGUGCGGGAGGGGCGAUUGCAUGGUUGUCCAAGACUCAAAAGUGUGUGAAUUUGUCUACCACGCAGGCAGAAUACGUGGCGGUGGCGGACAUGGGGAAGGAGAUUUUGUUUUUGAGGCAAGUUUGGUGUUUCAUGUUGCCUAAGGAGUUGCGGCCGUGCAUUCCACUGUAUGAAGACAACGAAGGGGCUAUCCAGAUCGCAAAACACCCGAUCUCGAAUUCCAACUCGAAGCACAUCGACGCGCGGCAUCACUUCCUCAGGCAGCUCGUAGAUGAGAAGGAGGUAGAGAUCAUCCACGUAGCGUCGAAGUAUCAGCAUGCCGACUUCCUCACGAAGGCGCUACCUGAGAGAGAGUUUGUUUCCCACCGGGACUACGUGAUNAUCAGCAUGCCGACUUCCUCACGAAGGCGCUACCUGAGAGUUUGUUUCCCACCCGGACUACGUGAUGAACUUGAAAUUAUCAAUGGAAUCAUAGCGUCAGAGAAAAUUACCUGUGUGUCUACGAUUUCCCAGACAGCAUACAGGGACAUCUCCCCUGUGGGUAACAGGCUCAACAAAUCAGUUUGGUAACUGUCUUGUGUGUCUCAUAUAUGUUAUGUUGGGAAGGUGCAGACGAAAGGUGUUGGGUACUGUUGGGUAGUCGGGCGUUUUGUGUGUCGCACCCUGUUAGUUGUAGGACAUGCAAUCUCCAUCAGUUUAUAAACAUAUUCUCAGUUUGGCAUGCAUAUGUGCGGAGUAUGUGCGGCUGAUGUGCCAUCUCUAUCGCAGAAA